CCAGUCUCUCCCCCCUCUCCCAAACCUCGCUCCUCCCUGUCCUUGCAGCCUGUGUGUGUCUGCCAGUGAGAGCUGCUCUUCCCCAUACAGGAUCCCACAGACUGCUGCCUUUUCACACAAACCCUGUUGCAGCUACUGUACAUUGUGCUUUGGAUUUGAGGACUAACUGCACACUAGAAGGAGGAUUUGGGGGGCUUUUGGGGGGUUGGGGAACCCUUCUGGAUUUCUAACAAGACUCUGGAUAUCUUUGGAUCUCUGAUGUGCUGGCUUUGGAACCUCCUACACAAAGAUGGGGAAACUUUAUUCCAAACACGCUGCAGUUUGCAAACCCAGAGAAAGCCCUGAAGGUGACAGCUUUGCUGUAAAUGCCUGCCUGGCUCGUAAGGGCAUUGAAGAUUGGAUUGCAAAGCAAAAGUCUCCAUCUUCCUCCAACCAUAAGACUGGAUGCAAAAUUACAAACAGGGACCCAUCAGAUCUUUGCAAAGAUAAUAUAGAAAAUGAACAUUUUUGUCUUGAAGUUGCUCUGCCUGCGGAGAAGAGUGAGGGAUUUUUUGCUGCCGAUGACAAAAAGCCAGACAAAGACAUUGAUGGAAAGGCAAAGAAACAACUGAAAUUCGAGGAACUUCAGUGUGACGUCUCUGUAGAAGAAGACAACCGGCAAGAGUGGACCUUCACGCUGUACGAUUUUGAUAACAGUGGAAGAGUUACCAGGGAGGACAUUACCAGUCUGCUGCACACAAUAUAUGAAGUAUUUGAUGCGUCUGUUAACCACUCCUCUAGUACCAGCAAAACCCUACGUGUAAAACUAUCAGUUGCUCCAGAUGCCACUUUGAAGAAGAGAACAGUGUUACUCAACCAUGCAGAGUUGCAGAGUGGACGACAUCGAAGUGAAAGCAAAGUUACUGAGGAUUUACGCAGCUCAGAAAAAAAACAGCGAGGCUCUGGAAGACAUAUAGUAGCCGAAAAUGGGCCAGAUCAGACAGAAUCUCUCCGUCAGUGUGUAGAUGAAAACAUUGAAAGAAGAAACCACUAUCUAGAUCUUGCGGGUAUAGAAAACUACACAUCAAAAUUUGGACCAGGAUCUCCGACAACAGGUGAAAAACACGACUCUCAAACAAGAGCAUCAAACCAGAUGAGAUCUCGUUCACAUGAACCAGACACCCUGCAUUUGCACCAGCGAAGAUCACAAGCUUUGGAGUUAGGUCAUCAAAACAUGGCAGACAAUUCACUCCCCAAAAUGGUUGACGUUCAGCAAAGGAAUAGAGGUCAAGAACCCAAUAAACAACAUUCUGUUCGAUCACCCAAGGUUUCCAGUAAAAAUGCAACAGUAUCUACCGGUCAGCCUGGUAGAACAAGGGGCAAACCUAACCAGGGUAUGUCAAUGCCAGUGACUUCUCCAAAUGCACUUAAGGGCCAGAGUUACUCAUAUCAUCCUUUACCACCUCAACAACCUUAUAGAAAGAACAAGCAAAAGUCUAAAGAAGGUAACCAUAUGUGCAAGGCAUUUCAGUCUCCAGCCAAUGUAGUAGAGAAGGAACAUGUAAGAGAUCUGCCUAAUAUUGUAUUGUAUGAAGGUCACGUUGGACACAUGAUACAAAGACACGAACAUCACCAUCACCAUGAACACCACCACCAUUAUCAUCACUUCUACCAGACAUAGACUGAAGACCACUUAUCCUUCACUUUAUAGGAGAGUAUGAAAUGGAAUUUUGUUACCGCAUGAAGGAAACCUUUGUUAUAUGCUCACACUCUUUAAUGCCUUGAUGACGCACAAUAUGAUAUGCGGUAGGUCUACACACGGCACAUUUACCGAUAAUAUAUCGCUGGAGCACCACUGAAAAUCAUCAAAGCACUUCCUUUCACUAAAACUUUGUAUGGACAGGAACUUCUUUCGAGUAUUCUUUUGGAUAUUUGAUUAUUGAUGAACUAUUGCACAGAAGCCUUGAUCAGGGGAAAAUCUGAACUGUCUGGAAUCCAGAAACAAAAAAAUACUUCUACUAACAUGAAAAACAGCUGCUACCUCUUGUAUAAUUAAGACUUUUUUUUUCUCUCACUGACGUAUUGAGCUGUGGGGAGAGUGGUUUAAGUUACCGUUUUCAUAGAGUAAUGUGUUGUAAGAUUAUCUUGUUAAAGCUAUCUUAAGGAACUGCCAACACUUUGUACUAAUGUUACUAUGUUAAUCUUCAGUAAAUAUUUAUAUAUAAGGUAUUUUAAGCUAUUCCCUUCACACUGAGACUACUUGAGAGUUUACAGAGUGAUAUAGAUGUUGGGACGUCUGUGCUAUGGGAAUCAUCUGUUUUCUGGGGGAACAUAUAUAACAGCAUAUUUAUAAAAAAGCUGAAAUGAAGGGAGAUUAUAAACAAUGAAUGACAUUUUGUAGAAAAAAUAAAAUAAAAAAAGGUGCAUUGAAGAUUUAGGUUUAGAUUCUAUUCCACUUGAAAAACACAGAAUUUAUUUACAAAUUGGCAUUUAGACCUUAAUGGAGGGUUUUGUAAGGAAAAAUGGUGAUGGAAUAGAAUCUAUCCCUUAAUGUGAACAUUCUCUGAUACUUUUCCUGAAACGCGUUGUUUUGUAUUGUGUUCAUAAGGUAUGUUUCUGCUAAUUAUUUUUAUUAAAAAAAAAACUCAUGAUACUCAACAUUUAUUCAUAAAUCAUGGCCAUAGAACAUCAUAUAACUAGAUCACGGUUUUCAAAACUGUUCUCAGGGCUCCCCAACAGGCCAGGUGUUCAGGAUUACCUUGGGUGAGAGUAGGUUAAUAACCAUGUUUACUAAUUAGCUGAUUAUUUCACAUGUGCUCUAAUUCAGAUAUCCUCAAAAUCUGUCCUGUUAGGGAGGUCUGAGGACAGGUUUGAAAACCAGUGAUCUAGAGUAAUAAAUAGUAAAUGCAAGUCAAUAAGGUGCAAAACAAAUUACCUUGGUUCAAGAGCAGCAAGUAGGAAAAAAACAGGUGUCAAAAUUCACUAAAAUCUCUAUAUACUCUAUUCAUUCUUUUAAUUCCUGUGUUAUUCUAUGCAACUGAUCCUCUAAAGCAGGGAUGGCCAACUGGUGGCCCAUGGGCCAAAUGUGGCCCUCCAAACUGAUUUUUGUGCUCCCUGGGAAAAAACAGGCAUGAGUGUUUGUGGCCCUAGGAAAACCGGUUACUAAAAUAUCAUUGUGUGUUUUGACAACUUCUGGUGUGUGGGCAAACAAGUAGCCAAAAAUUAAACGAGUCAUCUGGAGGGAAGAACAGCAGACAGAGGGAAGCCUGCAACCUAAUCAUUUAUAGGAAAUAUUUUAAUUGUGCAUUCAAUAUUCGGAAAUGUAGAUGCACAGCUCUUAAUGAUUCUAUAAUAUUGAUCCUUGGCCCCAUUUUUUUUUAAGUUGGCUCUCAAUGCUCUAAAGAGUUAUGAAAAAAGUUAGCUGCAAUAAAUCUGCUGCAUAGAAUAAUAUACAAAAAACAAAUAAAGCUAAAAAAAAACUCUUCUUCAUAUUCUUCUCCCAUAUUCUUCUCUAUCUGUUCCUGUGAUAUUCUGUAGAGCCUAUUCACUAAAGCUCACACAACUCUCCAUGUACUUCUUAGAAAAAGAGGCUGUUAAUGAAUCUAGAUCACUGGAUAGAUUUUUAUUAGCGAUUUUUGCCAAGUAAAUUUCUAAACUAAUUAUUUAAAAAUCACUCUAAUUUGUAACUUUGUUCACUUUAUCUGUGACCUUUUUAUGCAAUAUUAUUGAAAUAAAUGCAUUACUGAA